GGGGAGACACCAGGCCACCCCAGGUCUGAAGAGAGUCAGGGAAGAUUCGCAGUGGGCCGGGGGGAACGGGGCCUGCCCUAGCCAUUCAGAAUUCCCCAGGGCCUCUGAGCGAGACCCCUGUGCUGAGACCUCUCUGCCUGUCCUGGGGGAACCCCUCCCACCAGGACCUCCCUGGGGGUCCCUGAGAGAGCAGAACAAUUGCUACCCAUCUGCCCUCUGCUGGCCAUCUUCUCAUCGACAAGAGCACCUCCACAUCCUGGGGAUCGCUUUCCUGUCUGGCUGGUUUGACUGCCCCGGCUGCCCCGGCCCCACCCAGGAAGGCCCCUCCUGGUCCGCUCUCCAGGCUCUAGGGUUCAGAGCCUCCACCCCAGGUCCCUGGCUGCCUCUUAGGACUAGGUCCCAGGGUCCUCAGCUCCUGUCAGGGCUGGGCCUCGGCUCCCAGGGCCCCAGUCCCACACAGGACCUAAGCCCCCACCAAGGAGCUCCAGACUCCCACACGUCUCUCUGCAGUGCCCCAGGCUGGGCCAAGAAGACAUUCUGUCCAGUCCUGAGUGUCCCCCCAACGUCCCCAUAUCUGCCCAUCCACUGUCCUCACAUCCCACCAUGCCCUGGAGUUGUCCCACACCCCUGACUUACUCCAGCACCUUCUCCGUUAAAGCUGGCCUCCCUCGGGUCACCUCCGGGGCGCAUGGUUUCUCUUCAUUUCCACCAAAUAUGGCAGGAAUGAUUUAUACCUAUGGCGCACACCCUUUGCCCAGCACCCCCCCCCCCAACAUUUGGGGUUUCCCUCCCACCACAGCUGACCUGUCAGUGUCCAUAGUGAUCUCUCUGUGGCCACGCUGAGGGCUUCCCCUGGCUCCCUUGUCCUGACUUCUCGGGGUCCCUUCCUCCUUCCUGAACUCUCUCUUCUCUCUCUUCCCCACUCCUUCUCUCUCUCCUCUUGCCCCUUGGGCCCUCAGGACUCCUCCCAGGCCUUCAUCCUUCCCCACAUCCCCCCCAGGCCAGGUCACCCUCCCUAUGGUCCACAUGGGAAUCUAGUGUCCCCUGUGUGCCUCCCCUGGACGUGGCAGUGGUUCAGAGCUUGGGUCUAGAGCCAGAAUGCUUGGGGUCAAAGCGUGUCGCUGGCACCCAGCUGGGUGCCCUUAGGCGUUUUUUUGUGUGUGUGUCUUGAUUUUCUCUUCCAUAAAAUGGAGCUAUUAAAAUGUAUGUGUAGGGAUCGGAUAAGUCUUCUAAAGCACUCAAGACGUGUCUAAAGGUUUCAGUGUUCAAUCUCCUAAUCUGACAUCAGCAUUUUCUCCCCUAAAGUGCUCCUUAUCCACGUCCCUGUCCCAGGGACCAUCCCUGAGCCCUGGUCCUUGUUCUGGAUGGUUCCUUUCUUUCCCCCCCACAACCUGUCAGUCCCACAGCCUGGCCUCCUGGCCGCCUGUCUCAUACACCAGCCUCCUCCCCUGCACACCAACCUCCCUCCCCUGGGCCCCGCUCCAGGUUCUGGGCCUCCACUCUUGUCCCCGCCACUCUUAUUCACACGGUAGCUUUCUGACACUUAAAUCUGACCCUGUCCUCCCUUGCUCAGAGCCCUUCUGUGGCUCCCCACUGCCCUCAGAUAAAUGGGUCCAGACUCCUUAGCCUGGCAUUCAAGACCUUUUACCACCUGGUCCUGCUUCAGCGGCACCUCCCUCCCCCAUGGCAGCCACAGGCAGGGGCGGGUGUUUGCUGAACACGGGGACACACACACACACAGACGCACGCACGCACACACGCAUCUCCCAAGCUCUUCACCUCUGCUUAGGAAUGUCCCAGUCCUCCAUGCCAGAGGUCCAGGAUUGGACUUCCUUCUCAGUUGACCCUUCACCUGGGUCCAGCCCCUCCGGGCUUCCGCCACUGGGGUGGGGGAGGGGGCUCGACCUGCCACCCCACCCCCCAUUCCAGCCUGGGGCUCAGGUCUCCGACAACAGAACCAGAGCCACUCAGCAACGCUGGAACCCACUCGGGGGGGCCUGGGGCCCCUCGUCCCAAGCCAGGAGGGCUUUGGGGGAGGGGUGUGGCCCCUGGCAGACUGGCAGUGUGGCCCAGGGGGCUGGGGGGCGCCAGGGAGGUGGGGGCGAACCUCGAAGCGGGAGGCACGAGUGCGGUUCUCCUUCCCUCGCUGGGGGGGCCUUGGAGCCGGUGGCGGGCGGGAAGCCUUCGAAGGCAGAGCCUGCGGGGCGGGGGUGGUGGCAGGGCCGCGUCCAGUGGCAGGGGCACCAUGGCCACCAUCCAGUCGGAGACCGACUGCUAUGACAUCAUCGAGGUGCUGGGCAAGGGCACCUUCGGGGAGGUGGCCAAGGGCUGGCGGCGAAGCACGGGCGAGAUGGUGGCCAUCAAGAUCCUCAAGAACGACGCCUACCGCAACCGCAUCAUCAAGAACGAGCUGAAGCUACUGCGCUGCAUGAGGGGUCUGGACCCAGAGGAGGCCCACGUCAUCCGCUUCCUCGAGUUCUUCCACGACGCCCUCAAGUUCUACCUGGUCUUCGAGCUGCUGGAGCAAAACCUUUUCGAAUUCCAGAAGGAGAACAACUUCGCACCCCUCCCUGCCCGCCACAUCCGCACGGUCACCCUGCAGGUGCUCAGAGCCCUGGCCCGGCUCAAGGAGCUGGCCAUCAUCCAUGCUGAUCUCAAGCCCGAGAACAUCAUGCUGGUGGACCAGACCCGCUGCCCCUUCAGGGUCAAGGUAAUUGACUUUGGCUCAGCCAGCAUUUUCAGCGAGGUGCGCUAUGUCAAGGAGCCAUACAUUCAGUCGCGCUUCUACCGGGCCCCCGAGAUUCUGCUGGGGCUGCCCUUCUGCGAGAAGGUGGACGUGUGGUCACUGGGCUGUGUCAUGGCCGAGCUGCAUCUGGGCUGGCCCCUCUACCCGGGCAACAACGAGUACGACCAGGUGCGCUACAUCUGUGAGACCCAGGGCUUGCCCAAGCCCCACCUGCUGCACGCCGCCCGCAAGGCCCACCACUUCUUCAAGCGCAACCCCCACCCCGAUGCUGGCAACCCCUGGCAGCUCAAGUCCUCGGCCGACUACCUGGCUGAGACCAAGGUGCGCCCCCUGGAGCGCCGCAAGUACAUGCUCAAGUCACUGGACCAGAUCGAGACGGUGAACGGUGGCGGGGCGGCCAGUCGGCUGCCCUUCGCGGACCGCGAGGCGCUGGCGGAGCACGCCGACCUCAAGAGCAUGGUCGAGCUGAUCAAGCGCAUGCUGACGUGGGAGUCGCAUGAGCGCAUCAGCCCCAGCGCUGCCCUGCGCCACCCCUUCGUGUCCAUGCAGCAGCUGCGCAGCGCCCACGAGACUACCCGCUAUUACCAGCUCUCCCUGCGGGGCUGCCGCCUCUCGCUGCAGGUGGAGGGCAAGCCGCCCACGCCGGUGGCAGCUGCGGCGGAAGACGGGCCCCCCUACCACCGUCUGGCUGAGGAGGAGGCGGCUGUGGGCAUGGGCAGCGUGGUGGGCAGCGGGCCCUUCUUCUGCGAGAAGGCGCCGGGCGUGCAAAGGGCCAUUGAUCAGCUGGACGACCUGAGCCUACAGGAGGUGGGGCGGGGGCUGUGGGGCGAGAGCCGAGCCGACGUGGUUCCUGACAUGCUGGCUCCUCUCAAGGCCGCCGCCGCGGGCCGCCGUGUGCCCGACUCGGGCCCCGAGCCCAUCCUGGCCUUCUAUGGCAGCCGCCUGGCAGGCCGCCACAAGGCCCGCAAGCCACCCGCAGGCUCCAAGUCGGACUCCAACUUCAGCAACCUCAUCCGGCUGAGCCAGGCCUCCCCUGAGGAUGAUGGAUCGUGCCGGGGCAGCGGCUGGGCAGAAGGAGAGCGCCUCGGGGCCUCCGCGGAGCUGCCCACCCUCCCGCAGCGGGAUGGGGAUGGACCAGACAUCAAGGAUAUGACCAUGGAUGCUGAUAGGCUGGGCCCUGAGCUCUUCGACCCCAGCAGCUGCCCUGGGGAGUGGCUGAGUGAGCCAGACUGGACCCUGGAGGGUGUCAGGGGGCCACGGGCUCAGGGGCUCCCACCCCGCCACGCUCACCCGCACGGCCCGCCCCGGGCCACCAGCUUUCUGCAGCACGUCGGUGGGCACCAUUGAUGGUGACCCCACCCCUGCCCCUCACUGGGGGCUGCACUAGCUGGGCUGGUCUCCCUUCCUCAGAAGCCAUUUCCUGAACCCACAAAUUAUUCUUACAGAAAGAUAGUUAUCCAGAAAUUCCCCAUUACCCUCGCCCAUGGUGCAUGCCAGCACAGAACGCCCCGAAUGCAGGAGGGCCUUGGGGUCUGGCCUGUGGGCCCCCUGCCCGGGGGUGGGGGCAAAGGGACACAGGAAGGGGGCUGCCCCCACUGGCCCUGAGCAUGCCCUCGGCCCUGCUGCCUCUGCCUAUUUCAAUAAAGAACUGUUGAGCAGCUCUGCUUGAGGCCUGGACUGGAGCUGGGGUGGGGUUCAGUUUGGCGCCUGGGACCCUGAUCUCUGAUGCGGCUGCGCUCAGCUGGUCCCUGCCAGGGACAGGCUGACCCAUCCCCUAAGUAUGCUAAGUGCUUGGCACGCGAGAAUCCGCCCUUGGAACAUUCCCCAUGUUCAGCAGGUGCCAAGGCGAGCUUGCCAUAUGCCAAGGUCUCAUCUGUAGACCUGCCCUUGCCACGCGUAUGGGCUUGGCAUGCCCUCCUCACCCACGCUCGGGUCAUGGUUAAGUGCGAAUUCCCUUGGCAGGCAUAAACUCACGCUCGGUGCACACUCGGGUGUUUGGACAUGCGAGGCCAGCCUUGGGAGCCGGUGAUGGUUCGGAGCGUGCCCGUCUGGGAACAUGCUCGAUGUAUAGCACAUACUACCUAUGCUGACUACGUGAGGCUCCGCUCACGCCAGGCCCUGUGGUCACGCUCUGCACGCUCAGCACAUACUCGCUCACGAGCACUCACGCCAGCACGAGCCAAAUCCACG